CCUGCAGAAUCUAAACACUGUAACACUUUGACCAUUCCAGUUAGCCGAUUCUCCGGAGCCAAAUAUGCCCGCCGUCAUGAGCAGAAUCCGGCCGAUCAAGCCAGAGGAAUCCAGACCGCAGUCUCCCUCCAAAGCCCGCAAGUCGACCAGAACGCCAAAAUGUUCCCGCUGCAGAAACCACGGCUUCUUCUCUGCCCUGAAGGGCCACAAGCGCUUCUGCAACUGGAGAGAUUGCCAGUGUGCCAAAUGCAACCUGAUUGCCCAAAGACAGCGCGUCAUGGCGGCGCAGGUUGCUCUGAGGAGGCAGCAGGCCCAGGAGGAGGAGCUGGGCAUCAGUGCCCCGGUCAAUCUGUCCGGCCCUGAUGUGAUGGUGAAAAACGAAGCUGCUGCCGACUGCCUCUUCUCUGUGGAGGGCCGAUCCAGUCCAUCGACCAACUUCAGCCACUCAUCCCUCGCUGUGUCAGGAAGUCGCUCUUCAUCGUCCUCCAGUCCCUCCUCUUCCUCUGUUAGGCCUCACUCUGAGGGAACUUCUGACCUCCUGCUGGAAACCUCCUAUUACAACUUCUACCAGCAGUCACGCUACCCCCCCUACUACACCAAUCUGUACAACUACCCACAGUACCAGCAGAUGCCCCAUGGGGACAGCCGCCUCCCGAGCCACGGCGUGUCCUCCCAGUACCGGAUGCACUCCUAUUACCCCGGGGCCACCUACCUGACCCAGGGUCUGGGCUCCACCACCUGUGUGCCGCCCUUCGUCAGCCUGGAGGAGAACAACAGCUGCUCUGAGACCAUGGCAGGCUCGUUUUCACCCACCAGCUACGACUCCACCAUGACCUGCCGCUCCAUGAGCGCUCUGGUUCUAAACGACGACAAGGCCGAGUGCGAGGCCGGCGGCCAGGCGGCCAGCUUCACCGUCGACACCAUCAGCGGCGACACCAGCAACUAGAAGAAGAAGAAGAAUGCCACGAUAAGUUCUCACCUGAACUCAAAACUGUUCAGCUGUUGAAGCAGAUUUUUGUUCCUGAUUUCUGUUCUGCUCUGAGUCUCUCUGUUCGUAACUGAAGGGAGUUAAUCAUCCAAAACUUGACUAUUUUUUAUGAUUCCUAAUUAGAAAAAAAUCAAGACUGAAUUAGAUUACACAAAAUAAAAUGCAGUACUCUCAAAAGUUUACACACCUGCUACACCUUGACUUAUUAUUUCAACACAUUUUACACCUAAAGUUGGAAUAUAUGUGUGCAAUUCAGUUAAAGAUCAUUUAUUAUCAGAAAAAUUUAUACAACACUGCAAAAAGUAUUUUUGGUCUGUAUGUGCAAAUAUAACACUUAUAAGGAGCUUGUUUUAAGUCAGUACGUCGUUGAUAUUGAUUAAAAAUAAACUUGUUUCACUGGCAGAUUGACUGUCAUAUUUACCACUUCAUUAGUGAAAUAGCUAGAACUUUUUCAUCAAUACUAGGGAAUUAUUGAUUCAAAACUAGCUCACAGUUCUUGCUGCAUUAAUUAUUAGUUAGUUUUGUCUCAUUUUAGAUGCAUCAAGAUAUCUGAAUUAGAAACUAGACAAAAAUACUUGGUAAGGUUUUGUGUUUUUGCAGUGUAGACGUUUUCUCUAAUCCAACUAUGGUGAAGACAUGACUGCGUGUAAACAGCUUUUUCCCCUCUAAGAGAUUCACUUCCAGGUUCAUUCUGAGGGUUUAGAGCUUCAUUAUAUGUGGAAAAGUUAAAGAUUUAUCAUUUUUUCCCAACAGAAACCUGGGACUUUAACAGGUGUGUAAACUUUAGGGUCGCUGUAUUGGUCAAGCUUGUAUGUUUUGAUAAACUACAUCCUGAAACACUGGAAUCAAGGUUUUAUUUCUUUAAAUUAAGUAAUGAAAUUUGGUUAAUUGGACUUAUUGUGUGCAUUAAUUUGACAUUUUACACAAUAUAAAUAAUGCAACUUUACUUUGGUGUAUUUUUUUUAAUCCAGUAGGUUAAUUUUCUCUGUUUAAGGAUUGUUUUUUUCUGCUAUGUUGAGCAGUUUUCCAUUUAUUUUCAUUUUAUAAUAAACAAGAUUUGUAUUAAUCACUCUGAACGUUUUGGAGCAGAGGAGUUUUAUUUUCUUUUUUUUGUUGUAAUUUGCCAAUCAGCCACUAGAUGUCGCUGGAUCUUGCUGUAUGCUCCCUUCUGACAUAUAUUUUGAUUUUUCCAAUCAGACACGAUGUUGUUUUUCCAACAGAAUCACAUCAGGUGCAAAUAAAUCUCAUUAAUCUCA